AUGGCGUCGGACUCGGAUACCGAGGAGCUCUUCUACGACGCCUCCGAGGACGUCGCCCAGCACGGCGGGAGCCCCUCGGCAUCUUUGGUUGAAGAGGAAGAGCCUCACAUGAAAGUCACUCUGGGGAGCAGCGAUAUGGGCUUGUCUGCUCACCUGCAGGCGUCAAAGGCAGGAACCACCCGAUUCUUCACCAGCAACACUCACAGUUCUGUGGUCCUCCAGAGCUCUAGCAUGGAGAGGAGCUUCCGAGGCCAGGAGAAACUCAACCGUGAGGUUGAGGCGUCCAAGGAUUCGGAGCUGACAAAGGAGAAGCGCCUCCGUCUGCUUGGUGGCAUCACCCACGACACUUUCCAGAAGGAGCUCAUGUGCUUCGACCCCGACACGGACAAAUGGACACAGAAGGCCCCCAUGACCACGGUGAGGGGCCUCCACUGCAUGUGCACGGUGGGCGAUAAGCUCUACGUCAUCGGGGGCAACCAUUUCCGGGGCACCAGCGAUUACGACGACGUGCUCAGCUGCGAAUAUUACUCCCCGACCCUGGACCAGUGGACUCCCAUCGCGGCCAUGCUGCGUGGCCAGAGUGACGUCGGGGUGGCUGUCUUCGAGAAUAAGAUCUACGUGGUGGGGGGCUACUCGUGGAACAACCGUUGUAUGGUGGAGAUCGUCCAAAAGUACGACCCGGAGAAGGACGAGUGGCACAAGGUCUUUGACCUGCCAGAGUCCCUGGGGGGCAUCCGGGCCUGCACCCUGACAGUCUUCCCCCCUGAGGACAAUCUAGCGUCGCCUUCGCGGGAGUCGCCUCUUUCGGCGCCUUGA